AAUUAUAGACAACUUAAGCACUGCAUCAUAAGUGAAGAGAAGUAGAGUUGGUUGUUUUGUUUAUAAUCAUUAACAUUGGACCUCAUAAGUAACUUAUAAAAUGAGAACCCUAUCUCUGACGAUCCUGCUGUUAUGUGCAUCCCUGAUUUUCUCAGAAAUUCACAGAAUAAAAAUUAAAAAACUUGAAACAACUGUCAGGCGCACUCUACGAGAGCAAGGUUUUGAUUUUCAAAAACUUGGUUUUCAAUCAAAAUGGGGAGAAUCACCAGAAGUUCUUCGAAACUAUAUGGAUGCACAAUACUAUGGUGAUAUUUCACUUGGCACUCCUCCUCAGCCAUUUAAAGUUGUCUUCGAUACUGGAUCAUCAAAUUUGUGGGUUCCUUCAUCGCAUUGUGGCUGGACUGAUAUUGCAUGCUUAACUCACAACAAAUAUCAUGGAGAUAAAUCAAGUACAUAUGUUCAGAAUGGUACAAAAUUUUCCAUUCAAUAUGGUAGUGGAAGUUGUUCUGGAUACCAAAGUAUUGAUACUCUGCAGGUUGCAGACAUUUCUGUAAAAAAUCAAAUGUUUGGAGAAGCAACCUCCGAGCCUGGUAUUGCUUUUGUUGCUGCUAAGUUUGAUGGAUUGUUAGGAAUGGGUUACAGUCAAAUAUCUGUAAAUGGUGUUGUUCCACCAUUCUAUAAUAUGGUUGAUCAAAAGCUUGUGGAAGAUGCUGUAUUUUCUUUUUAUCUCGAUAGGAAUGUUAAUGAUUCUACUGGUGGAGAACUUUUAUUAGGAGGAGUAGAUUCGUCAAAGUUUGUAGGAGAUAUUACAUACACACCAGUUACUGUUGAAGGCUAUUGGCAAUUUAAAAUGGAUAAGGUUGUAGUUAAUGGUGAGCCUAUGUUUUGUGCUUCUGGUUGUAAUGCUAUUGCUGAUACUGGUACGUCUCUGAUUGCUGGUCCAACAGAGGAAGUGAACAAGCUUAAUCAGAUGAUUGGUGCUACACCUAUAGUUGGAGGGGAAUAUAUAAUUGAUUGUGCUAAAGUUCCGUCUCUGCCUGCACUUGAGUUUUGGAUUGGUGGAAAGCAAUUUGUACUUAAGGGUUCUGACUACGUUUUAAAGGUUUCGACAUUAGGACAAACAGAAUGUAUCAGUGGAUUUAUUGCCAUAGAUGUUCCUCCUCCUAGAGGACCUUUAUGGAUCCUUGGAGAUGUUUUUAUUGGUCCUUACUAUACAGUUUUUGAUCUAAAAAACAAUCGAGUUGGAUUUGCUAAUACAAAAUAAUGAGUUUGUUAAUGUUUUUAAGUGCUGAUUUUUAAGAUCAUCUCUUACAUAUUUAAACUUCCAACUGAUGAUUGUUACUGUUUUGUUUUUAAAAAAUUUAACUUUCAGUUUUUUUUUUUUUUUUUUUUUUUUAUGUAAUUUAUUAAAGUUCAACUUAUCUAUAAAUAAUUUUAUAUGUUAUUAGAUUUUUUAAAAUGUAGUUUAUUUUAUAGGUCAUCUUUUGCGAUUGAAAAUUUAUAAUAAUUAUUCUUUUAA